AUAAUAAAAACAAUUAGGAAAAAGGAGUAGCGGUCAGCGACUCGGACGCAGACUCGGGAAGAAAUCGGAGAACACGCGAAGACCGAAGAAAUUUGUGACCAAGUAGAAGAAGCAGAAGGAGGAAGAGGAGGAAGAAGCUGAGGGUUUGUAAUUGCAUUCGACUGUAAUGGAAGGUAAAUCCCCAGACCUGGAAUCGGUCGGGUCUGGUACAAAGAGGUCCAGUGUUUCUUCGGGAAGUCAUUCUCGUAACCGUCGGGAUUUCCUUAACAGGUUUACUGAUAGCGAAUAUCUUAUAGAAAGACUUGAAGAUUGGUUUGAGGAAAUAUUGAAAAACUCAGGAGAUAACAGACCAAUCUUUGAGGUUCCUUUUGAGUUGGUGGAACUCCAAAAGUUUGACUAUGCGUUGGAAGGGGUUUCUUUUCAGCAGGUCGUUCGAAUGCCCAAUGCUGUUUAUGCUUCGACAUCUAAUGCUGUGGAGGGAACCGCAUUUCUAGCCAUAGAGGAUUUUCUACAUGCAACAGUCAAGGGCUUAUGGGAGGCAUUUUGGAGUCAGGACGAGCCAGUUCCUUUCUCUGUUGCCUGUCUAUACAAUCAAAACUUGAAAUUUUAUCCGGCUGAGAAAGCUUUAGCUACUGGGAAACUUGAAGGUCUUUCUGCAACGGGUAUUUUGCUAAAAAACCCUAGACAUCCACAUGGAAAAUGGGAUCAUGUUCUUGAACUUGCUCUUCUAAGGCCAGAUAUAGGAGGCUUUGCUCUGGAAAGUGAGUGCCCGCCUUCUCUGCCUGUCUUAGGCGAGGCUCUUUUCUAUGCUCUCCGCUUACUCCUCUCAAGAAGCGUGAGCCGUUUAGAUUUUUCUCAGAGCUCAAACUGUGUCUUCAUUCUUCUUGUUGAUUCACAAUAUGGUGGCGUUGUAAAAGUUGAAGGGGAUGUAACUAAGUUGGAUUUUGACAUGAAUAAUAUCUAUGAGUGUGCUGCAGAGUGGAUGAAGAAGCAUUCGAAGAUAGCAGUGUCACCAAUUGACAGAAUAUGGAACAAACUUGGAAAUGCUAACUGGGGAGACAUUGGUGCUUUACAAGUAGUUUUUGCCACUUACCACAGUAUAGUGCAGUACUUUGGGCCUCCGAGGAACUCAAUUGAAGACUUAGCUGCUGAUCAUAGCUCUCGCCUUCAAACAAGAAGACAAGAGAGACAGUUGGGGGAUGCUAGACUCGGUGGAAAUGGUCUGUUUAGGUUCGAGCAUAGUUCUUUGUCUCCUGAAAUUGUUGAAGUUCAAGAAGAAUCAAUCAAAAUCGAGUCAGAACAAUCGAUGAAACUGGAAGUCGGAUCUGUUCUGUGGUUGGAAGAUUCAAACGGGCAAAAGGGCUAUCAGAUUAAUGAAGUAUUGAGUGAUGGUGCGCUUCCAUAUCAUAUUGCUUCACCAGUGGACGACCCAGGAAAGCAUGUUUUUCUGUAUGUUGGCUCUCCUCCGACACAGCUUGAGCCAGCUUGGGAAGACAUGAAUUUGUGGUAUCAGGUCCAAAGACAGACUAAAAUAUUAAAUAUUAUGAAACAGAGAGGACGUCCUAGUAAAUACUUGCCACAGCUCCAUGGGUCUGGUCGGAUCAUUCACCCGGGCCAAUGUAAAAAACCAAGUUCAGGUGGACGGUGUGAUCAUCCUUGGUGCGGGACUCCUAUUCUUGUGACCAGUCCAGUUGGUGAGACGGUUGCUGAGUUGGUAAACAAAGGAAGAUUCGGUCCUGAAGAGGCUAUUAGAUGCUGCCACGAUUGCUUGUCUGCACUUUCCACUGCCUCCUCGGCUGGAAUUCGUCACGGAGACAUACGCCCAGAAAACGUGAUUUUCGUCACUUCUGGUGUAAGACAUCCAUACUUUGUACUUAUCGGUUGGGGUCAUGCAGUUCUUGAAGAUAGAGAUCGACCCGCAAUGAAUCUUCACUUCUCCUCGACUUAUGCACUCCAGGAAGGGAAACUUUGUGCAGCAUCGGAUGCAGAAAGCUUGAUCUACAUGCUCUAUUUCUGCUGUGCCGGAGAUUUUCCCGAUAUGGAUUCAGUCGAAGGGUCUCUUCAAUGGAGAGAGAACUCUUGGUCAAGGAGAUUAAUUCAGCAGAAGCUCGGCGAUGUCUCAACCGUUCUGAAGGCCUUUGCUGACUAUGUUGACAGUCUCUGUGGGACACCAUACCCAAUGGAUUAUGAGAUUUGGUUGAGAAGAUUGAAGAAGAAUCUUGCGGAAGAUCAUGGGAAAGAUAUUGAAACUUCCGGCUAAGCACUUGAUCAUUAUGCACAGAGAUUUCAGACUUCAUCUCCACCUCAGCUCAUGGACCCUUCAUACAUUGAUUCAGUUGGAAGCCGCCAUAAAUUAAAAAAAAGGCUCCCUAAUUGAGUUACAGGUCAAUCUUGGAUAACAUCAGAUUCCUUUCCGACAUUCUUUUAGCUGUUCUGUUUGAAGGUCUGAGACGGAUAGCUCUCUGCAAUUGAGGCCAUGUCCUUUCAACUUAUUCAGACUUACCACGGAAUCAAGAAACCCGCAAUGAUGUGAAGAUCAUUCCUUUUGUAUCCCCAUUUAAUGGACCUUUUGUUCUGUACAUGAUCUUGAAAUUUUUUAGAUUCUGCUGUUUCCUUUUGUUCUUCUUCGGGUGAUUGUAUCUGUUGUACUGUGUUUUUCCUGUAAAUGUAAGAGAGCUCUCCCAUUUUGAAUCUGUAA